AUGUUCGCCCGCUCGUUCGUCCGUGCUGCUAGACCCGCUGCUUCUGCCAUGAAGGCCCGUGCCUUCUCCACUGGUGCUCGUGCUGGUGCCUCUGCUGGUUUCCGUUCCAUCGGCAAGGUUGCUGCUGUUGGUGCCGUUGGUGUUGCUGCUUACGCCUACAGCCAAAACACCCCCAUUCAAGCUGACUCCAAGCCCAUUGCUGGUGUCAAGGGCACUUUCAGCGAGCGCACCUUCAUUGCUGUCAAGCCUGAUGGUGUUCAACGUGGUCUCGUUGCCAAGAUCAUCUCUCGCUUUGAAGAGCGUGGCUACAAGCUCGUUGGUCUUAAGGCUAUGGUUCCUUCCCGUGAAUUGGCUGAGGAGCACUAUGCUGACCUCAAGGGCCGUCCCUUCUUUGGUGGUCUCGUUGACUACAUGACCAACGGCAAGGCUCCCGUUGUUGCUAUGGUUUGGGAAGGCAAGGAUGUCAUCCGCCAAGGUCGUGCCAUGAUUGGUGCCACUAACCCUCUCGAAUCUGCUCCCGGCACCAUCCGUGGUCAAUACUGCCAAGUUGUUGGUCGCAACAUUGUCCACGGCUCUGACUCUUUCGAGUCUGCUGAAAAGGAGAUUGGUCUCUGGUUCGGCAAGGCUGGUGAAUUGAUCGACUGGACCCCCGCCAACUGGGAAUGGAUCGCUUCCGACAACUAA